AUGUCGGAGCAGCCAGAACGCAAGAAGAGGCGCCAGAAUGUAGCGUGCGACUCCUGCCGCCUUCGUCGAGUCAAGUGCGAUAUGCUCGCUCUCCUCACGCCCAAGGACGGCGGCCCUGAGCGUCCUCUGCACGUUCUUGUCCGCGAGAACCCCGAUGUCUCCUGCACCAAUUGUGUCUCGAAGGGCAUUCGUUGCACGACGAACCAGAUCGUCAACCCAGCAAAACCGAACAAAGGUGGAAAGCGGAUCGAGGAGGCAAAGAAGAUGUUCGGCAGUGACGGGUUCCAGAACACUGCGCCGACCCCCGUGCCUCAGCCUCAAGCUCGUCGUGCGAGCAUGCCGCGAUCGCCCAGCGUGGCAACGCCCGGCGGCAGCAGUGGAUCGAGUGUGCCUCCCAAUCCUCCGGCGAUGAUGCCCAUGUUUGGUGGUCACCAGUUCAACAUGACGGGACACAACGGCCAUCCCGGUCCCACGGCGAGCUUUGUUCCUCCUGCACCUAUCCCAUCACCCACCGUUCACCCCGUCCAUGGAUGGAGUGCACCACCGUUUGAUGACUGGACUGGACUGGCUUUUGAAGCUCAGCAUGGUGUGGCCUUCUCUCACCCCAUGCAUGCCCCUCCUAAUGCAUUGGAGCUAUCCACUUGGGAGACGGCCAUCGUCGUGCCUCCCCCGCCACCUGGGCAUGCCCACAGCCUCCCUGUUCUUCCCUCGGCCAUGGGAAGUCGGUCGGUGCCUCCUCCUCCCUUGGAGCCUCUGUUCCACUCACCGCUGUCUCCUCCCCUGAUGACUUCUUCCUCGUCGUCGACUGCGGCCUUCCUCCCUGCUCAGAGUUUGACAGCAUCUCCAGGGGUUAACUCUGAUGCGUGCCUUCCCUCUCAGCCUCCGUCCAGGUCCGACAGCGGUCAAAGCGGUCAACAGCCUCGCGUGGCGGGAAGGAAGCGAACCAUUUCGGAACACGAGGACGACGACGUUCUCGAGCUCGUCCGCGACGAUGAGCCCAAUCAGCUCGACCCCAGCUACAUGUGGGCUCCCAGAGACAAGGUAAUGCGCUAUCCCCAGUUCCGAGGUCUCCAGGAGCAUCCGGCGGCGCAGCCACCGCGACCUGGAGAAUCCCACCACCGUCCCUCUUCUUCUCGGCGUAGCUUUUCUUGA